AGAAUCUGCUGGCAGUUUGCAAGAUCAGGAGUCUGCAACAGGGAACAAUGCAGAUUCCUUCAUCAGAAGCCAGCUGAUACCCAUAAACCCCAAGAAUCCCAGAACGGCCGCCCACGAAACAAGGAAGGUGGUUUGAAAUCUGGGAAGAACUGCCGGGAAUGGCAAAGAGAUGUAGAGGCUCGCUGCACUGCCUACAUUUCUCCCGAAUCCUUGGAAAUCUUUUUUGGUGGUGCCCGUCAACUGAUCGAGCGUGAUGCCGGGACUAUGCAGGACGUCGUCCGCUUUUUGGCUGAUGAACCGGGGCUGCGGUAUAUCCAGCAAUUAGUUGAGAAAGAUUUUGACUGCAUGCCGCAUCACACCAAGAAAUCCGUAUUCGCGGCUCAGAUGGUUCCUUUUUUGGAGGUUAUCUCACAUCCAAAAGUGCUAUCGUCUCUUGUAGCUGAACAUCAUAUGGGGGCUAUUUUCAACUUCAUAUACGGCAUCGGUGGAACCAGAGCAAUCAAACUCUUCGGCUCCGUCUGUGCCGUUCUAAAAGCUGUCGCGGAAGAGGAAAAUAUCCCAGUAAAGUGGCUGGAGCUUUCACUUCUGGUAUUUACGAAAACAUUGGAUGUUAACUCCACAGCGUUCGUCCAGGAAGGACUCAAGACACACGCUCUCGGGCUGCAGGAGGUCUUGAGGUCAAUGAAUACCGAGAGCAGUGCAAAUAAACUUCAUGUUGCCUCCAGGUACUUGGAACAGCUUUUACAUCGAUUUGAUAUGGGUGCUCAAAUGUCGGCUGUAACCGAACUCAAUGAGACGGAAAAAAGAAACCAAAUCCUCACUUUGAUGGCCCCCCAGGAUCCCCCCGGUGGCCGGCAUGAUAAUGACCAUGCUGAUAUCUCCGCAAUACAGAUCCUCCCCACCCUUGAUGAAAUCCUCAGUCCUCGAGGGGAGUAUUUACCUGAGUGUAAUCCUUCCCGAUGGCAUGUUGGUGGCCGGGAGGGGCUUUUGGAUAGAAAUUUUCGCCUGCUAAGGGAGGAUUCAGUCGGACCGCUGCGAAGUAUUAUUUGUCAAGUACUGAAAGAACCCGAACGGGAUAUCACACGAAGAAACCAGCAGCGAACGUAUCUUUAUCAUGGAGCGAAGGUUGUGAGAUUUAGCCUCCAGUUCGCAUCUGGGAUUUUAUUCCUAGUUGAGUUUCCUCAGCUGCAACAUCUUCGUGGGAUGGAAAAAUCCGAUAGAGAGGCAUGGUGGAAGCUGUCCAAACGUCUCCAGAAAGGCUCUCUGGUCUGUCUUACUGUCAAUGAUACGACAGUGAUAUUUUGUACAGUUAGCGACAUACCACUCCGACGAGUAGCUCACAACCAAAAGAGCAACCACAAGUCCCAAAAUUUAGAGGACGAACUUGCUGUCUUGUGGAUGAAUCCGGAGGAAGCCUUUAUUACACUCACUCCAGUGAAUCCCGACGAGAAUACUAUCCGACUCCUGCUAGACAUGCUGAACGCAAAGGGCGGCUCAUUGUCCAUGAUUGAAUUUCCAGGAGUCCUGAUGGCUGGUUUCGAGGCCACACUUCGAGCUCUGCAACGGAUGAAGCAAGCAAGCUACCUGCCCUUUGAAAAUCUUCUGACUUUCUCUUCCAUGACCUGGGACGGCCCAGUUAAAGUCCCCCCUCCUCUUUAUUCCUUACAUAACGGCUUUCAGUUUAAUCUUCGUUGUUUGAUGAAGGAUGGUUCGGACUUUUAUGUCGGCCCAUUUGGACCCGUGGAUCUCACGAGGCUGAAGCAGAACUCAAUCUUAGAUGAGGCGCAAGCGGUUGCCGUGGUGGAUAGCUUGCAACGUUGCGUUGGUCUUAUACAAGGCCCACCUGGAACAGGCAAAAGUUACACAGGAAUCGCCCUGGUUGAUGUACUUUUGCACAACAAACGACAGGGCAGUGCUAAUAUUGGCCCGGUACUUUGCGUUGCAUACACAAACCAUGCAUUGGAUCAGCUUCUCGAAGCCUUCAUGGACAAGGGAAUCACAUCCAACAUAAUUCGUAUCGGCUCUCAGUCCAAAUCAGACCAGAUAGAGGCGUGCAAGCUGAGGAUCGCUGCCCAGCGUGCGACAAAGACAAAGCUUGAGCAAGCUCAAGAGCACAACCUCUACUUGGAAAUUGGUGAAUGUGAAAAGAAAAUUGAGACUCUGAGACUUCACCAAAUUCCUCAUGUUCGUUUACCAUCGCAUCUCCGCCAGCGGUACCCAGAACACUUUCAAAGGCUUUUCGGGAAAGACCCAAACAGCUCUGAAGCCCUCGAGCUAAAGAAUCCGACCAGACAGAUCAGGGAUUGGCUGGAAUCGGGAAGUAACUUGCCGGAUUCUGUUUCCAGGCCUGUUGAAGAGCUCAUUCAAACGGACAUUAUCGCCACCUCGACAGCCGAAAGAGAAAGGUUACAUGGAUUUUGGAUCCAGGAACUGAGACAAGCAAACAACGAUGAAGCUAUCCGGAGUUUCACCGCGUAUACUAAAACCAAACAUGAGUUGGAAGCGCUCAGAAAUGAACUUGACCUUCGGUGUUUGUCUGAUGCUGAUGUCAUUGGAGUCACUACUUCAGGUCUAGCGAGAAACCUCGAUAUGUUUAGCAAAUUACAGGCAAAAUUUGUGCUGUGUGAAGAGGCAGGCGAGGUUUUGGAGGCCCAUCUUUUGACCGCGCUACUACCGUCUGUAGAGCAUGUUAUUUUGAUAGGUGACCAUCAGCAACUCCGUCCACACAUUCAAAACUACAAUUUAUCUCGGGAGAAUCACGACGGCGGAGAUCGCUACUCUCUUGAUGUCUCGUUAUUUGAGAGGCUAGUAGAGCCGAGAAUUGCCUUGGGAUCAGAGCUCCCAUUUGCCACUCUUGAGACGCAGCGUCGUAUGCAUCCGUCUAUCGCGCGACUGGUGCGUGAUACUAUUUAUCCCGAUCUUAAGGAUGCUGAUAAUGUUUCUGAGUAUCCUGAGGUUUGUGGUAUGAAAAAGAGACUGUUUUGGGUGGAUCACCGUGUUCCUGAAGCAGAUAACUCAGGAACAGACGGCGAUAUAAGGACAGCGUCUCACUGGAACAACUACGAAGUUGAAAUGACCAUUGCCCUCGUUAGCCAUCUUGUUAACCAGGGAAAAUACAAGAGCGGUGAAAUUGCUGUAUUGACACCUUACUUGGGUCAGCUCCAUCGACUUCGGCAGAGAAUGAGCAACCUUUUCACUAUCUGCAUUGGGGAACGCGAUCAAGAUCAGCUCGACAUAGAGGGUUUUGGGAUGGUAGACAGUAUAAAGCCAGCGAAACGGACAACCUUGCUCCAAACCGUACGCGUCGCCACAAUUGACAACUUUCAGGGCGAGGAGGCAAAAGUUGUUAUAAUAUCCCUUGUUCGGAGCAACUCUCAGAACCGGUGUGGCUUCCUCAAAACGUCUAAUCGGAUCAACGUUCUUCUCUCUCGGGCUCAGCACGGAUUGUAUAUCAUUGGAAAUUCUGAGACAGCUGUACAUGUUCCCAUGUGGGAGCAAGUUGUUCGGAUUCUGCAAGAAGGGAAUAAUAUUGGUUCACAUCUUGAGCUCCAAUGUCCUCGCCAUCCUGAGACACCCAUUAAUGUAUCGGAACCCGAACAUUUCCUUCAGUUUUCACCGGAGGGAGGUUGCAAUUUGAGGUGUUCUAUUCGCCUCGACUGUGGUCAUGCCUGUGGGCAACAAUGCCAUUCAGAGAUAUUUCAUCAAACAACAUACUGCGCAAAUUCCUGCCAACGACCACGCAGAGGUUGUAAACAUGCCUGCCCUAACAAGUGUGGAGAUCCGUGUCCGCGGAUUUGCACUGUAUCUGUGCACAAAAAACACAGAAGACUAGAAUGCGGCCAUAUGAAAGAAGCCUUACCGUGCUGGCAGGACCAGGAUCCCUCCAAGUUUGCAUGCAAAACCAAAGUCCGAAAAACUGUACCUCGGUGCCAACAUAUGGUGUCUGAGCCCUGUUAUAUGGAUGUUACAGCAGACUGCUACAAGUGCCAGGCUCCAUGCAAGACAGAGUUGGCGUGUGGCCACAUUUGCAAGCGACGAUGCAACCAAUGCAGGACGAUCGCAGGUAUUAAUCAUGGGAGCUGCGGGCAGAGAUGCGGCAGAUCCUACUCCAGCUGCGCUCACCUUUGUAAAACAAAAUGCCAUGGGAACAACCCUUGCCCACCUUGCCAAGAGGUCUGCGACGUUAGCUGCAGCCAUUCAAAGUGUACAAAAAAAUGUUCCGAACCAUGCACACCAUGUGCGGAAGAGAUAUGUCGUUCAAGCUGUCCACAUAGCGUAUGUACCAUGCCGUGUGCAGCCCCUUGCAACCAUAUCCCAUGCUCUAGGCGUUGUGAGAAAAAGCUUGAGUGCCACCACCAAUGCCCAUCUAUUUGUGGAGAAGCAUGUCCACCCAUGAAGUUCUGCCAAGUCUGUGCCAGGAAAGAGAUCAGUGAUCAUGUUGUUGAUUUCAUACUUGGGGAGACAUACAAGGAUAUCAAUUUGGACAAAAACCCCUGUAUUUUCCCUAAAUGUGGGCACUUCCUGACGAUGGAAAGUAUGGAUGCACAGAUGCAACUAUCGAAAUACUACUGUCUCGAUGAUGAAGGAAAGCCAGUGGAAUUCAAAGGGUCAUCUCGCCCAUUUUCCAUGGAAGAUAUCAAGACCUGUGCCCUAUGUCGUGGACAUUUGAGGGACAUCUCCCGGUAUGGCCGUCUAGUUCGUCGGGCACUGCUGGACGAAUCUACAAAGAGGUUUAUCUUACAUGUUAACCGUGAAUAUCUGCCACUUGCCGAGGAAUUGGUCGCAUGCAAUCCAACUCUGCGACAGUUCCACCCUAGCGAGAUGUCACCAUGGCCACAAACCAUAGAGAUCAAAGGGCCAUCUAUUGCUCAAAUCAAGACUAUGAGAGAGACUCUGGGAAAGUUCGGCGAAACACGGUGGGGUCAAAUUCUUAGGCUACGUGAGAAGAUUCUCACCUACCAACGACACGUUUCUCCGGACGCACAGCCUUUGAUUCGAGUGCUGAUAAUGGUUGAAAAUGCACGGCAGAGAGAUAAGUUGAUUGGGAGGUUCGAGUGUGAUAGCGGAGCCCUCCAAAACAAAGGCAUCCUCUUAGCUGCAGCCUUAAGGAUCCGUCUUGAUAUUGGCUUAUUGAUUGAUUUCAUGCACCUUCGGCAGCAAGCGCAACCUCUGGGGCGCAUCAACGUCUUUAUGGAUCUUCAAGAGACGAGGGAUGAAUGUCGCACUCUGAUUGAUACCGCCAAGGAGCAUAAGCGGCCAUUGCAGGAAGCUGAGGGCUAUGUAUACCUCGCACAGCUUCAUGCUCUUGAGAGCUCCCGAUGUUCCAAUUCAUCGGAUAGCCAACGCCAUUUUCAAACUGGUGAAGAGGCUAUUGGAGCGGCACGCCUCAUCAUGUCAAAUUUCCCCAAUCAAACGCGCGGGUUAUUGGAGGACGUUGAAUCUGUGGAUGAGAUGCUCCGAACCACGUUCUACACGAUAGUCACAUAUCAAGAGCGCCUGGUAAUUGCUCGAGCCAUGGCCAGUGAGUUUUUGGGCACGGGCCAUUGGUAUUAUUGCCGCAAUCGCCAUCCAUUUACAGUGGGAGAGUGCGGAGGACCGAUUGAACAGUAUUUCUGUCCCGAAUGUGGUGCACCCGUGGGAGGGUUUGAUCAUCAAACUGCGGAUGGAGUGACUCGUGCCGAGGAUAUAGAGGAACACUUCGUUCAGGCGAUGCCAUGA